CAGCUCCCUCCCAGCUUCUCUGUGAAAAGCAGUGUCAUUUAAAGAGAUCCCACUGAACAACCACUUCCCGUUUGCUUUUUCUUUUGCCAGAUGGCAGACGACCAGGACCACGCUGCAGAGCCCGGAGCCGGCGACUCGGCAGGUACAGAUGUGGUGGACGCUAAACCCGAUCGGGCCUCGGUCUUGCAGGCACUCCUCAGGAAGAAGAAAAAUGGCCCAAAACAACCACCCGAGACCCCCCAGAACCAUGAGUAUCAGUACAACAUGAAAUUUGCUAAAAUGGGCAAGUGCAUCAUCAUAAACAACAAGAACUUCGAUAAAGUCACAGGUAUGGGCGUCCGCAACGGCACCGACAAAGAUGCCGAGGCCCUUUUCAGGUGCUUCCGAAGCCUGGGUUUUGAGGUGUUCGUCUACAAUGACUGUUCCUGUGCCAAGAUGCAAGAUCUGCUUAAGCAAGCUUCUGAGGAGGACCAUACCAAUUCUGCCUGCUUCGCCUGCGUUUUAUUGAGCCACGGGGAAGAAAAUUUGAUUUAUGGAAAAGAUGGUGUAGUUCCGAUAAAGGAUUUGACAGCCCACUUUAGGGGAGAUCGCUGUAAAACCCUUUUGGAGAAACCCAAACUCUUCUUUAUCCAGGCUUGCCGAGGCACGGAGCUGGAUGAUGGAAUCCAGACCGACUCAGGGCCCAUCACUGACACGGAUGCCAACCCCCGCCAUAAGAUCCCAGUUGAAGCUGACUUUCUCUUCGCUUAUUCCACAGUUCCAGGUUACUACUCGUGGAGGAACCCUGGCAGGGGCUCGUGGUUUGUGCAGGCACUCUGCUCCAUCCUGGACGAGCAUGGCAAGGAGCUGGAGAUCAUGCAGAUCCUUACCCGGGUGAACGACAGGGUGGCCAGGCACUUCGAGUCUCAGUCGGACGACCCACACUUCAAUGAGAAGAAGCAGAUCCCCUGCAUGGUCUCCAUGCUCACCAAGGAACUCUACUUCCGCCGCUGACCAUUCCGGGCUGCGUCCUGGCCGGGCGUGCCACCUCAUUCACCGACAGAUCCCGUUUCUGUGAUUUUUUUUUUUUUUGCACUCUUUAAGAUAUCCAUAAAUUCUUUGGGAUUUUAAUUUCAGGUAAAUGUACUGGUCCAACAGGGAAGACACUUUCUGGUGCUGCCACGUUCUCUGAGAUUUCAGAGGCUUUUUAUGAUGAUUUUUUUCAGAUUCACUUUUGGCUCGUGUUUCCUUCAC